AGUAAAAACAUCACUGGUUGUUGUUUAUCUGCCAAAUCCUCGAUCAAUACUCCGCUGUCAUCCAGGCCCCAGGCGGCCCUGUGCUGAAGCAUUGGUGCGGGCUCUAGCGACCAGACUGCAGUCACCUGUUCCACCUCAGUCAGGGACAAACGAACGACAUAUCGGUUGGAAUAUAUCGCAGCUGAAAUCAUCAGACCCGCCAUUUCCCGUCGUCGCUCCGUCUGAGCGUUCGCUUUUUUUUCCCCUCCUGCGCGCAGUAAAGUGGAGCGGCAGCGGCGGGAGGAGGAGGAGGCGGAGCGGCGGAGGCAGGCAGGAAGGCAGGCUGUGAUCCGGUGUGACACAGCGGGAUGAGCGCGAGACACAGACCCGGGUCGGAUGAGUCAGCGAGUGGACCUUGAAAUCGCCGUAAAUCGCGGUCGGAUAUAGACGAGACCAAGCGACGUCACUUGAGGAGGCUCCCGUAUUCUCGCCGUUUUCGCCGAUUCCGUGUCUGUCAUUUCCCGUUCCGCCCUCCGCUGCUCUGCCAUAGAUUCGCUCUGAUUUCUCCACUUCCACCCUGGUGGAGCCAAGCCUGGGGGGUCCGGUCGGAACAGGUGGAUGUUUAGAUUUAGAUUCUCGCAAGCUCGCUUUCGAAGAUAAGCACCCACGUUUCCCACUUGAGUCUUUUGUUCGCUGAGCGAAGAUGUCGGGGCAGAGCAUUACGGACCGGAUCACCGCAGCCCAGCACAGUGUAACGGGAUCCGCCGUCUCGAAAACAGUAUGCAAGGCCACCACUCACGAAAUCAUGGGCCCCAAGAAGAAGCACUUGGAUUAUUUAAUCCACUGCACCAAUGAGAUGAACGUAAACAUUCCUCAACUGGCUGACUCGCUGUUCGAGAGGACCACCAACACCAGCUGGGUGGUUGUGUUCAAGUCUCUGAUCACCACACACCACCUCAUGGUCUAUGGCAACGAGCGUUUUGUGCAGUACUUGGCUUCAAGGAAUACAUUAUUCAACCUCAGUAAUUUCUUGGACAAAAGUGGGUUACAAGGUUAUGACAUGUCUACAUUUAUCAGGAGGUAUAGUCGAUACCUGAACGAGAAAGCUGUAUCAUACAGACAGGUUGCCUUUGACUUCACAAAAGUUAAGAGGGGAGUGGACGGUGUAAUGAGGACCAUGAAUACAGAGAAGCUGCUCAAGACUAUCCCCAUUAUACAGAACCAGAUGGACGCGCUCCUGGAUUUCAAUGUCAAUGCCAACGAGCUGACUAAUGGAGUCAUCAACGCAGCCUUCAUGCUCCUCUUCAAAGACUCCAUAAGGCUCUUCGCUGCUUAUAAUGAAGGCAUAAUCAAUCUGCUCGAGAAAUACUUUGACAUGAAGAAGACUCAGUGUAAAGAAGGCUUGGACAUCUAUAAGAAAUUUCUCACCAGAAUGACCCGGAUAUCAGAGUUCCUCAAGGUAGCAGAGCAAGUCGGCAUCGAUCGAGGAGACAUCCCAGACCUAUCUCAGUUCACAGUUUGUGCUCCUAGUAGCCUUCUUGAAGCUCUGGAGCAGCAUUUGGCCUCAUUAGAAGGCAAGAAGGUGAAAGAUUCCACCGCAGCCAGCAGGGCCAGCACUCUGUCAAACGCCGUGUCGUCACUGGCCAGCACAGGAAUGUCCUUUACUAAAGUGGAUGAGCGGGAAAAACAAGCAGCUCUGGAAGAAGAACAGGCCCGUCUCAAAGCUCUGAAGGAACAGAGGCUCAAGGAGCUGUCUAAAAAACCCUCCUUUGCCACCACUGAUACGUCACCAGUCUCCACCACCGGGGGCACCAUCAACACAGCACCAGCCAUCGACCUCUUCUCCACGCCCAGCUGCUCUAAUGGUGCUGUGAAAAUGGAGAGCGACCUCUUUGACCUCCAGCCAACGUUUCAGCCCUCCAUGCCGUCCGGCUCGUUGGGGCUCCCUGUGGCGACGGCAUGGGCAGAUCCUUUCACCUCUGCUGAAGCUGGAGACGAUUCCAUGCCAAACCUUAACCCUUUCCUCUCAAAACUUGUUGUCGAUGCCACUCACUUACCUGUCGUGUCUUCAGAUGGUGUUAGCUUUUCUUCUAGGACAUCUGGUCAUGAAAUGUUUGGUGAUCGUUACAAUCCCUUUACUGACACAAACGCAACCAAUUGCAAACGUACAGUGCGGAUAGAAUCUUCCAUAUCAGACUCCUUCUGUGGUCCAGUGUCCAUUGCCCAGCACCUCCCACACCAGGCUCCCUUCCCCACUGAGCCCUCUACUGUAGCAGGUCUAUUCAGAGGAUACUCGACGCCACAGGCUCCCCCCCAGCAGUCGGCAGGUGGACUCCAGGUGGACUUUGAAUCGGUUUUUGGAGCCAAAGCUACAGGCAGCAACAGCCUCAAUGCUGAUGAAGAGACUAAUUCGUCACUUCUCCUGUCAGAUAUAACUGGCGGCAUCCUAAAACCCACUCUUGCCGGUUCCAACCAGUUGUCCAAUCAGCAGCCAGAGAAGUUGGUGUCGGAUGACCUUGACUCGUCCCUUGCCAAUCUUGUCGGCAAUCUGGGUAUCGGAAAUGGCACGAUGAAGAAUGACAUUCACUGGAGCCAACCCGGAGAGAAGCGGAUGACUGGUGGCACCAACUGGCAGCCCAAAGCGGCGCCAACAACAACCUGGAACCCAGUCUCCAUGCCUCCGUCCAUCAUGGCUUUCCCAGCCACCACACCCACUGGCAUGAUGGGAUAUGGCAUGCCUCCACAAAUGGGCUCCAUGGGAAUGAUGAACCCGCCCUCCAUGAUGUACACCCAGCCAGUGAUGAGGCCGCCCAACCCUUUUGGCUCUGUGUCGAGCACUCAGCCCUCUGCAGCCUCUAGUCCUUCCAGCCAGAGUCCUCUACGAGCCCCUGGACAGGACCCGUUUGCACACCUCUCUCUCAAGGAUUUCUUGUAGAGCAUCUCUUUAGAUGCAGUUCAUGUGAGUUGAAGAAAGUCUCUCGGAAGAUGAGUCCGUCAUCUUUGUUGCAGUCUAACUCUUCAGCAAAACACGUCCCCCACCGACUCCCCCAAUUACGAAACAUGUCAAGAACACAACGGUGCAGCGACUGUCAGUAACCAUGGUAACCAUGUCAAAUUGACGUUCGGCGAUAGCUCACACCCUCAUUAUUCUGUAACUUUGUCCGAGAUGUCGAGUGAUGCUGCUGUCUAAACCCCCCCACCCACAGAGGAUUCCUCCUACAUUUAAAAGCGUGGUCAACAAAAAAAGAAGAAAAACAAAACACAAAAAAAAAAAAAAAAACGGUUGCCGAGAAACGUUCAUAUUUGUGUGUUUGGAAACACUGAGGGUGGAUGCAAGGGUGCGCGAGGAGAGAGGGAUCACAGUCAUCUAUUCCCUACAGUUAUUUAACUGUCACUAAGUAGUGAUGCUAAUGACGUUUACACCAAGUUUAGUUUCUGUCUUUUUUACCGUGUUUACAGUAGACAUUCCUCGUGUGUUGUUUGUAUUUAUUUAUGAUUUGGGGUUUAAGAUUGAGGGGUGGAAAAAAAAAAUGAUGUAAAAUCUGCAGUACAUUUGAACACCUGUGGGAGUGCUUCAGCAUUAAAACAAGGACUAUCAUUAUGAGGUAGAGUGAAAAUAGAUCUUAUAUAAAUGACACCUAUUAAGCGGAAUGAUAGAGCACUAAAUAUUCUCCAAGUUUUGUGUUCAAGAUUUUUCUACUAGAUGAAAGAUUUCACAAUCUCCGUUGUACUCUAAGUGCAGGGGUUAGACUUCGAGUCAGUCAUAGUGGAUUCUGUGCCUAGGGUUUCUGCAAUGGAAGUUUCCUGUCUCGUUGAAAAACACUUCUUCCACGAUCGAAGCGUCGCACUCUGUGGUGGCCUCCAUUUGCUUUAAGCUUGGCAUGCCAUUGACUCACUGACCGUACUCAAGGCUGCCUUUACUCUGAAUGUGAACGAGUUGUCUUCAUGUUGCACACAUCUUUCCGCGCUACAGAUGUUCAGCCGGAGCCAGGCCAGAAGGAGCGGGAGCGUGUCUGCCUGCUGGUUUGCUACCAGUUCACGAGAGUCAUAGAUUUGAUGUAAAUUAAUUGUAUAGACGAACGCGCAGAGGAGGAGCACUGUUGAUCGGUGCUGCAUGUAUAUAGGAGAAAAAGAAAAAAAAAAAAAACUUGACUGUUCUUUGAGUGCAAAAGUGAAAGAUGUAUGAAAUAUGAAAUCAAUUCAAUCAAAUUUGACUCUACCUAAGUUUGAUUCAGGAUUCAUUCUCUGCAUUUGUCUCGGCAGAUGAUGAUCUUUAUGUACUUAGAACGUGUAGCAGAUGAUGACUGAAGUCUUUUCUUUCUUUUUCAAAUAAAGAGCAGCUUCCACAAA